UUGUAAUUUGCAGGCAAUAGAAACCAAGGAAAUGUCAAAUGCAUCUGCCCAUAUAAUGUAAAAUAGUGCUAAAGAUAUUAAGCAAAAUUUGGUAGUUAGUUAUGUAGAGGAGGGGUGUAGGAAAGUAGUUCAGCUAUAAGUAGAUUAUUAAAAAAAUUAGAACAACUUUAGUUCUACUCUAUGCAGAACAUACUUUGCUACCCAUACGUUUAAUAUCUCAAAUGAAUGAUAUUUUGUUAGUAUUUGUCAUUUUCUGUCCCUGUUAUUUGUAAGGCAUUGAAUUCAACGUUAUCGUCACUAGGACAGCACUGGAUAGAAUUGUGACUAGAGUAGUACACUUGGACACUCUCCCUUUAAUCAAGAGGUCUGGAGUCAAGAACAUCACCAUCACUGUCAUGUAGACGUUCUUGCUGCAGGUCGGGCUGAAGGGCGGCAUCAUGACUCUGAUUGUCCUUCUUUCUCGUGCGGCCCUCUUGGAAAUGUAUUGUCCCCAUUUCGUCAGGCAAGUGAUCCGCCUGGCUGCGGCUAUCGAUCUUACGAGCUGGUUUGCAGUGAUACCAAGGCUAUGAUUCACAUCGGUGAUGCAACAUACUAUGUGUCUGCCAUCAACUACAGUGGUUCUUCCUUCUGGGUCAUCGAUGCCAACAUGGAUUUACACAACAACUGCCCUCUACCUCGGUGGAAUCCUCCAUACCAACCCGACAACAUGGAAAUCGAAUUGAGCCCCCUUGUACAUAGUGGGGCUUGCUUUGUAAAAUGCUCUCAGGAAGUAAAGGGCACUGGUACGUACAUGCCUGUUGCUUGCCUAAGCACCAACGAUUCUUUUGUUUACGUGUUAACUGGCUAUGGGUCUACAUAUAUGGAGUACCUUGAACCUUCUUGUGGGUACUUGGCCCGGACUCCUCGACCCUGGGACGGUCUGGGGCUAGAAAAUGCAAGUUAUGCAGAUGUUGUAAAAUCCAUGAGGAUUGGAUUUGCUGUUCGGUUUCCUUAUCCUAGGGAGAGCAUCAAGCAAUGCCUAAUACAGACUUUUUGGCCCUUCUAUGAGGUACCAGUCUUGAGUAAAGAAGGCAUCAAGUUACGUAUUCUAUUCAGUCUUGUGGGUGAUUCAUUUUUCUCGCGGUGCGCACUAGUUGAUGUCAUUGGAUUUCCACCAUUUCGAGGUGUAGUCAUAAUAAUCGUCUUCUGGAUUUGGAAGUGGCUGGCUGUGUUGUGCAGGUUCGUGUUGGCGCCGCUUGUUGUGUUGAUUUUCCUAGCCUACAAGUACUGGAAAACAAGAAUAACAAUCGAUGCAGUCGAGAAGUUCCUCCGUAUGCAGCAAAUGCUCGGUCCGACGAGGUACGCCUACACCGACAUCACUGCAAUCACAAGCCAUUUCAGAGAUAAGCUGGGUCAGGGAGGCUAUGGCUCCGUGUUCAAGGGUGUGUUAUCACCAGGCAAUGUCCAUGUCGCGGUCAAGAUGCUGGAGCGUAGCUCAAACUGCGAUGGAGAGGAUUUCAUCAGUGAAGUUGCCACCAUUGGCAGGAUCCACCACGUCAAUGUGGUGCGUCUCAUGGGGUUCUGCUCGGAGGAGAUGAGGAGGGCUCUUGUCUAUGAGUACAUGGCUCGAGGUUCUCUUGACAAGUACAUCUUCUCAGCUAAAAGUUUCUCCUGGGACAAGCUCAUAGAGAUUGCUUUGGGCAUUGCCAGGGGGAUCGACUACCUUCAUCAAGGGUGUGAGAUGCAGAUUCUACAUUUUGACAUCAAGCCACACAACAUCCUGCUUGAUAGCAAUUUUGUCCCAAAACUUGCUGAUUUUGGUCUCGCCAAGCUGUACCCAAGAAACAACAGUUUCGUAUCAUUGAGCGUCCUGCGCGGAACAAUUGGGUACAUAGCUCCUGAGAUGAUAUCUAGGAGCUUUGGCGUCAUAUCGAGCAAGUCUGAUGUUUACAGCUUUGGGAUGCUGCUGCUGGAGAUGGCCAGUGGAAGAAGGAAUGCCGACCCAAAUGUGGCGAAUUCAAGCCAGUCUUACUACCCGUCAUGGGUGUAUGACAGACUAACUGAACAAGAGGGGCGUGAUAUAUCUCCCAUUGACAACAUGCAUGAGUUGGAGAAGAAGCUGUGCAUGGUCGGACUAUGGUGCAUCCAGAUGAAGUCCCAUGACCGUCCAACGAUGAGUGAGGUUAUAGACAUGUUGGAAGGCGGUGCCGAUACCUUGCAGAUGCCUUCCAGGCCAUUCUUCUGUGACGAGGGGCUCGUCCAUACCAAUGAUACUUAUCAUUUGUCCUCCGAGUUGACCGAAAUCUCUGAGGAGGAUAUGAGUGAAAAUAUCGAUGUGUGAUGAGGUUGUUGCACUUUGCUUGCAAAAGGCUGAAGUUAUGGUUGUAUUAAAAUAAUUGUUUUCGCCUCAUGUGAACUUUUAUGCGGAAGCAUGUAAUAGGCAGGGAGCAGCUAGAGGAUGGAGGUGUGUUCCUUCCAACUGCAGCAUCCAUGAUAGUAAGGUUCUAAAAUGAAAUCAUUGUUCUUCAUGGAAGACAUAUGUAUCUAUUUGAAUCUGAGCAUAUUAUUCGGCAGACUAAUAUAUAGCUUGUGGAAUCUGGGGUGA